AUGGGGAAAUACAGAAAGAGAUUCAAUGAGAAGGCUAGAACAGGUAUGCUUGCCAAACAAGCAGCCUUGAAAAAAGCAAGAAAUAAGCUGUAUUAUAGACAACAAGCAGAAGAUCAAGAAACUGAAGAUACUACUCAAAUUGAUCAAAUCCAAGAUAUAACCAAAGUUUUUAAUCAAGAAGAUACCAAUUCUGAAAUAUUAAAACCAAUGACAGAAGAAGAAAAACAAUCUAGAAAAAGAAUUCUUGAAGAAACUUUGUAUUCCCAAAAUGAAAAAUCUGAAAAACUUUCCAAAGCUAAAAAGAAGAGAUUAGAUAAAUAUAUCGAACAUCAAUUAAAACGAGAAGAAAAGAAGAUAUUAUUUGAGAAACUUUCUCAAACAAAGAUGGAUACUACUCAUUUAAGUGCGUUGAAAGAAUUAGGAAAAGGUAAAUUAACUAGAAGAGAAGAAAUGAUUGAAGCUUUAGAUUUAGAAAGUCAAGGGAGAGGUGAUGAACAUACAAGAGAAGUCUUAUAUGAAGAAAGAAUAGUUAAAGAAUUCAGUGAUCAGGAAGAACCAAUCAACAAGGGAUACGAGUCAGAAGAAGAAGAAGAGGAAGAGUCAAACGCUACAAAGUCUACGUUUAUCGAUAAUAGACCUUCCAAGUUUGGAGGAGUUGGAACUGGAUUUGGAUUUAAAAAUAUACCAGUGAUUCCGAAAGAUGCCAGUGCUCCAAAGAAGAAGUACACCUGGAGAAAGAAGGUUGAGCAAGAAGAGAAAAAGAAAUUGAAAUUAGAGGAUGAGAAUGAUUUCGAAUCUAGUGAAGAAGACGACGAAGAAGACAACUCAGGUAGGGAAAGCGGAUCGGAAGAUGAAUCUGACAGUGAAGAUGCUUACGUAGAUGCCGACCAGGAAAAUCGAAAUGAAAACGACGAAGAUCUUGAAUCUGACCAAGAAGACAACGAAUCGGAAGAAGAUUCCGAUGAGGAUGAAGUUAGCGAGGAAGAAAGUAGCGAAGAAGAAGAGGAAGAAGAACAAUCUAAACUCAUGCAAAGUAAACCUAAACAUUCCAAAGUCGCCAAAGGUUUCAAAGAAUGGGCCGAAGAACAAGUCCGUAAGCUCGAAGGUCGUGAUAAAUCAAUGAAGAAUCCCGAACUCUCAGCCGCUAUCAAGGCUCAAUACUCCCAGCCUACCAUCAGAGAAGAAGAUAUCGAACAUUCAUCAGACGAAGAAGGAUAUAUACCGAUAAAUAAAAACCUUCAAAGAGAAUCAUUCGUAGUUGAUGUUCAUAGAAGUGACGAGAUUCAACAACAAAGAAUUCACUUGCCUGUAUUCGCAGAAGAACAUAGAAUUAUGGAAGCAGUUUAUCAUCAUGAUUGCAUUAUCCUUUGUGGUGAAACUGGGUCCGGGAAAACUACUCAAGUUCCUCAAUUUCUUUAUGAAGCAGGAUUUGGUAAUUUGAAAAAUGAAUUAUAUCCCGGUAUGAUUGGUAUUACACAACCUAGAAGAGUUGCUGCUGUUUCUAUGUCUGAAAGAGUGUCCAACGAGUUAGGUAACCAUAAGCACAGAGUCGGGUAUCAAAUUCGAUUCGAUACUACUAUUAAGAAUGAAGGAAAAGAAGAUGGGACUGCUAUGAAAUUCAUGACUGAUGGGGUAUUAUUAAGAGAAAUGAUGGCGGAUUUCUUGCUUACGAAAUAUUCUUCAAUUAUUAUUGAUGAAGCUCAUGAAAGAAAUAUAAAUACCGAUAUUUUGAUUGGAAUGUUAACCAGAGUAAUGAAAUUAAGACGAAAAUUACAUACUGAGGAUUCCAAGAAACAUAAGCCUUUGAAGUUAAUAAUAAUGUCUGCAACUUUGAGAGUCUCUGAUUUCUCGGAAAAUCCAAUUCUAUUCAAGACUCCACCUCCAAUUAUUAACGUUCAAGCUAGACAAUAUCCAGUAUCUGUUCACUUUAAUAAGAAAACUAAUUUUGAUUACUUGGAGGAGGCAUUCAAUAAAACAUGCAAGAUUCACAAAAAACUUCCGCCUGGAGGGAUAUUGAUCUUUCUUACUGGACAAGCAGAGAUCACAACACUAGUUAAAAGAUUAAGAGAAGAGUUUUCAUUUAAGAAAUCAAAGAAGAAGAAACAACAGGAAAUCGUCUAUGAUGCUGACGAAGAUCUCGAAAUUAAAUUAUCUGAAAAUGUCGGUCGCGAAGUUGAAGACAUGGAUUUCAGUGUUGAAGUAACUAAAGACAACGACAUAUAUGACGACUAUGAUAGUGACUCUGAAACUGAAGAAGGUUUCGAAGAAGCAGUUGACAUCAAAGAAGAUGAGAUUGGACCAUUAUAUGUAUUACCGUUAUAUUCCUUAUUGCCUACCAAACAACAAAUGAAAGUAUUUGAAGAACCUCCAAAGGGAAGUAGAAUAUGUAUUGUUGCCACCAAUGUUGCUGAAACUUCCUUAACCAUCCCAGGGAUCAGAUAUGUUGUGGAUUGUGGUCGUUCUAAAGAAAGAAAAUACAAUAAAGAAACCGGUGUCCAAUCCUUCGAAGUCGAUUGGGUUUCUAAAGCAUCAGCUGAUCAACGUUCAGGUAGAGCAGGUAGAACUGGCCCUGGUCAUUGUUACAGGUUAUAUUCUUCUGCUGUAUUUGAAGAAUUCUUCCCCCAAUUUAGUGUACCUGAAAUAUUAAGAAUGCCAUUUGAAUCUAUUGUGUUAACCAUGAAGAGCAUGGGAAUUGAACAGAUUGCUAAUUUCCCAUUCCCCACUCCUCCAGAUAGAUCAUCGUUGAAGAAUGCUGAGCAAUUAUUGAUACUUUUGGGUUCGUUGGAUAAAGAAGAAAAGAAGAUAACUGAUCUUGGUAGACAGAUGUCGUUAUUCCCGUUAAGUCCUAGAUUCUCAAAGAUCUUGAUUGUAGGGAAUCAAUUGGAUUGUCUUGGAUAUAUCAUCGCGAUUGUGUCGGCUUUGUCUGUAGGUGAUCCCUUUAUCACUGAGAAUGAAUUGAAUGGAUCUUCAAAUAUGACUGAAGAUGAAAGUAGGGAAAUUAGAUCGAGAUUCUUUCAAUCUCGUGCAUUAUUUUCAAGAUUAGAUCCUUCCAGUGAUUGUAUGAUGCAACUUUCAGUUGUGUGUGCAUUUGAUCAUGUUUCCAAAGAUAAAAUUGAUGAUUUUAUCAAGAGCCAUUUCUUGAGAUAUAAAAUGAUGGAUGAAAUUCAAAAAUUAAGAAAACAAAUCCAUCUGAUUGUUUCAAAAAGCAGCAUUGUUUCGAAUGGUUCUCAUUUCCAACUGAUGGUUUCUAAAUUAUCCGUCCCUUCUAAGAAACAAAUCGCUGCUAUGAAGCAAAUGAUUGCAUCUGGGUUUAUUGACCAAGUAGCAAUCAGAGGCGAUUUGGUAUCCUCCGAUGUUAAGAUUGUUAAUAAGACAAGUAUUAUCAAUAUUCCAUAUUGUCCAGUUAUGCCAAUUGCCGAAACUCCAUUCAUUUACAUCCAUCCGAAUUCAGUUAUAAACAAACGAGGAGACCUACCACCCCAAUAUAUUGUAUACCAGGCAUUAAGCACAAAGGGAUCAGUACCAGACGACGAAGUCGCCAAAGUAAGAAUGAAGCCAUUGGUAGAUAUAGGUGCUAAACAGUUGGCAAAUAUAGCCAAGAAUUCCUUGUUAUUGACAUAUUCCAAGCCAUUGGGUCAUCCUUAUGCUCCUAAGAAUUUGUCACCGAAUAAGAGGGAAUGUUAUGUUGUUCCAAGAUUUGGGGCUGCUAUUGGAAGUGGUGGUGUUGGAUGGGAUUUGCCUGCUAUUAAAGUUACACAAGAAAAGAGAAAUGGGAAUUGGGUGAAUGUUUAA